GGUGAUGUCACACUCCGAUUCUUACACACAUUCGCGACUGUCACUUUAUUCAAGAAAGCCAGUAAGAGCCUCACAUGCUCUUGUCACAACUGUAAGGCCCUUCCUACGUAGAGAGGCAUUCAAGACACGAAUCCUGAUCUGUAAUAUUGGCCGUGUUUUUCUCUUAACAGCAAGUGAGACUUCUACAACGACAAGUGGUUCAACAACAUCCACAACUAUAUCAACGACUGCAUCUCCUACAUCAACCAUUUCUUCAACAACAACCACAACUUUGCCAACGACUGUAUCUCCUACAUCAAAAAGUACUUCAGCAACAUCCACAACUGCUUCAACAAGUGCGACUUCUACAACGACAACUGGUUCAACAAAAUCCACAACUUUGUCAACAACUGUAUCUCCUACAUCACAAAGUACUUCAGCAACAUCCACAACUGCUUCAACAAGUUCGACUUCUAUAACGACAACUGAUUCAACAACAUCCACAGCUUUGUCAACAAGUAUGACUUCUACUUCCACAAGUGGUUCAACAGCAUCCACAAUUUUGUCAACGACUACAUCUCCUACAUCAACAAGUCAUUCAACAACAUCCACAACUUUGCCAACAAGUUCGACUUCUAUAACGACAACUGAUUCAACAAAAUCCAUAGCUUUGUCAACAAGUAUGACUUCUACAUCGACAAGUGGUUCAACAGCAUCCACAACUUUGUCAACAACUGUAUCUCCUACAUCACAAAGUACUUCAGCAACAUCCACAACUGCUUCAACAGCAAGUACAACUUCUACAACGACAAGUGGUUCAACAGCAUCCACAACUUUGUCAACGACUACAUCUCCUACAUCAACAAGUCAUUCAACAACAUCCACAAAUUUGCCAAUGACUGUAUCUACUACAUCACAAAGUACUUCACCAACAUCCACAACUGCUUCAACAAGUUUGACUUCUACAUCGACAAGUGGUUCAACAGCAUCCACAACUUUGUCAACGACUACAUCUCCUACAUCAACAAGUCAUUCAACAACAUCCACAAAUUUGCCAACAACUGUAUCUACUAUAUCACAAAGUACUUCAGCAACAUCCACAACUGCUUCAACAAGUUCGACUUCUAUAACGACAACUGAUUCAACAUCAUCCACAGCUUUGUCAACAAGUUUGACUUCUACAUCGACAAGUGGUUCAACAGCAUCCACAACUUUGUCAACGACUACAUCUCCUACAUCAACAAGUCAUUCAACAACAUCCACAAAUUUGCCAACAACUGUAUCACCUAUAUCACAAAGUACUUCAGCAACAUCCACAACUGCUUCAACAAGUUCGACUUCUAUAACGACAACUGAUUCAACAACAUCCACAGCUUUGUCAACAAGUAUGACUUCUACAUUGACAAGUGGUUCAACAGCAUCCACAACUUUGUCAACGACUACAUCUCCUACAUCAACAAGUCAUUCAACAACAUCCACAAAUUUGCCAACAACUGUAUCUACUAUAUCACAAAGUACUUCAGCAACAUCCACAACUGCUUCAACAAGUUCGAUUUCUAUAACGACAACUGAUUCAACAUCAUCCACAGCUUUGUCAACAAGUUUGACUUCUACAUCGACAAGUGGUUCAACAGCAUCCACAACUUUGUCAACGACUACAUCUCCUACAUCAACAAGUCACUCAACAACAUCCACAAAUUUGCCAACAACUGUAUCACCUAUAUCACAAAGUACUUCAGCAACAUCCACAACUGCUUCAACAAGUUCGACUUCUAUAACGACAACUGAUUCAACAACAUCCACAGCUUUGUCAACAAAUGCUAUUUCUACAACAACAACUGAUUCAGCAACAUCCACAACUGAUUCAAGUGGCAGAACCAUUGGCGGAAUUGUGGGAGGAAUCUUGGUCCUAUUCCUACUCUUGGGCAUAGUGGUUUUCUUUGUGCAUAAGAGAUGGAGAGGAAGAAAACAAACACUGUCUCUUGGCAGUGUAGCUAGCCGUUCUACUUGCAGAAACAAACCUAUCAAGGCUGAAAAGUAUGAGAUGUACUAUCUUGAACAACAUACAGAUCAAAACUAUGGUUUUGCAUUGCAGUUUGAGGAUCUCAAAGUUGUUGGUAUCACCCAGCCCACCAUUGCAGCACUAUGCAUGGAAAAUAAACAGAAAAAUCGUUACAAUAAUGUAUUGCCAUAUGACAUAUGUCGUGUCAAGCUAGCAGGUGGCAUAAAUGAUGACUACAUCAAUGCUAAUUAUUUGCCAGGUUAUAACUCAAAGACAGAAUUCAUUGGUGCUCAGGGACCCUUGCCGAAUACUAUAAAAGAUUUCUGGAGAAUGAUCUGGGAACAGAAUGUGCACACGCUAGUCAUGCUGACACGGUGCAAUGAACAGGGAAGGGUAAAAUGUGAAAAAUACUGGCCUUCAUUUAAUGCCCAGACUCAUGGACAUAUACAAGUAACUUUUGUUAUGAAGACUCCCAAGAAAAACUGGAUAAUUAGAGAUUUCAUGCUGGAAAAUCUGGCAAAUGGCAAAAGGCGCAACAUAAGGCAAUUCCAUUUUAUUGCAUGGCCAGACCAUGGAGUCCCAGAAAACACAGAUUUGCUAAUUAAAUUUAGGAAUCUAGUGAGAGAACAUAUGAAUCUGGAAAUCGGAAACUCCCCCACGGUAGUUCAUUGCAGUGCUGGAGUUGGGCGCACAGGGACAUUGAUAGCUCUGGACCACCUCAUCCAUCAGAUAAAGCUGGAUAACAUUGUGGAUAUUUAUGGAAUAGUCUAUGAACUUCGAAUGCACAGGCCACUAAUGGUACAAGCUGAGGAACAAUAUGUAUUUCUGAAUCAAUGUGCCUUGGACAUCAUCAGAUCAAAUAAAAGUUCAAAUAUGGGUAUUUCUUACACGAAUAUAGCAAUGGAAAGCUGUGAGAACUUGAUACCAAGGAAUGCCAAAUAAAACAACCGUGGAUCUUGUGAACAAAACCUUAUUUCCAUUUGUUAAGACUACGUUACAGUCAUCUUUUUAAUGAAAAUGAGUCUAUUUGCUUAAAAUUCAAUAUAGUAUUGAAUUUUGCAAGCACAUUUUUUGAAUGUGUGUGUGUGAGUUCUACAAUGGACUGAGACCCCAUUCAGGAUUAAUUAAAGUCAUUUGCAGUAUAAGUGGACUUUAAUAAUAUAGUUAAAGUGAGAAAAAAGGGUAACUCAGAACUGUGAAGCAAAUUAUAUGUUUUUAAUAGAUUGUUUUAAUAUGGGAAUGGAAAAAAAAAUCAACUGUUAAAAGAAGAUGUGAAUAUUUUAGUCAGCUUUGCUGUUUUAUAUUUUACUUGUAAUGUUUAAGUAUGCAUUGUUCAAAUAAAUGGUGUGCUGGUAGAAUAAUGUUAAAGAAAAUAUUAAGGUACCAGUGUUUGGUAAGUCUGCCAGCAUUUGGUUUAUUAAGAUGUUUGCAAUGCAGCUGUACAAGAUAAAAUACGCUAAAUGCAGCUUCUACCUGUAUAGUCUGUUGUGAAUCACCAGGACUUUAAUAUAUUUAAAUUUGCUCUCUCUCUUUCCAUUCUUGAAUCAUAGUUAUCAGAAAAGCUUUAGCACCCUGUAAUUAGAAUUUAUCACGAAGCAGAAGCUUAUAUAAUAAUAAUAAUAAUCUUUUCAUUUAUAUAGCGCUUUUCUCACUACUCAAAGUGCUCAGCAAUUGCAGGUUAAGGGCCUUGUUCAAGGGCUUAACAGAGCAGAGUCCCUACUGGCAUUUACGGGAUUCGAACCGGCAACCUUCUGAUUGCCAGUGCAGAUUAUUAGCAUCAGAGCCACCUUAAAAUAGAAAAUGAGGCAUGCAAUUUUCAGUUUUUAUAAAUGCUAUUUGUUUACUCAGAGUUAAAUAUAUUGUGCUGAAUCCACCUGGACGAUGGGACAACAGCCAUUUUGUACCAGUACACUCACCACAUAUUAGUUAUUAUGUGGUGAAGAGCUGAAAGAGGCACUUUGCCAGUUCGAGACAGGGGAUGAUAAAGAGGCCAGAAUGACCAGGACAUGAUUGACAAUUUAGCCAGAACACAGGGAUUCAACCUACACUUUAUGAAUGGGGUACAGGGAUCAUUUAUGACUGCAGAGAGUCAGAACCUAUAUUUUACAUCUCAUCUAAAGGAUGGUACCACUUUUACAGCACAGUGUCCCCAUCUCUGUGCUUGUGUAUUGGGGUCCACACUCAGACCACAGGGUAAGCACCCCCUGUUGACCGCACAAACAUCUUCUACUGCAGCAACCUAAGCUUUUCCCAUCCAUGCACUGGCCAUGCCAAGCCAUAGCCUGGAGUUUAAAGGAUCUGGAGAGCGCUCAGGCUUCAGGGUCUGAGCUCCAUAGCAUGGGUGGUUCAUCUCUUGAAUGAGAUGUCUCCUUCCAGGAAUGAGUGGUGUGAAUUGCCUUCAAUGGGUGGCUGUGGGUAAAAAAAAAGUGGUCAAUUGUUGUGUCUUGGCUUAUUUUAUUGAAUCUGUGUAACAAUGCCUUAUGUUUUUGUACUUUCCUGCUGCAAACAAAUUUCCCUCUGGAAUAAUAAAGUCUACCUAACCUAA